UAGAAAGAAGGUCGGCGUCAAUGCCACAUUCUUCCGCCAAAUGGCCAAAUUGCUGCCUAUAUGCAUCCCAAGUGCUGUGUCCAGAGAAACUACCUUGUUGGCAGCUUUGGCUAUUGUCUUGAUUGCCCGUACCUGGUUGGACAUUUGGUUUUCGGCAUUCAACGGCCAAGUCGUCAAAGCUAUUGUAUCGCGCAAUCGCGAGGCCUUUAUAUCCAAAGCUAUAUUUGAGUUUGGCUUAAUGAUGGUGAGAAACUGAAUACUACCUUGCGUUGUGGUGUAUAUUCGUCUAAUUGCAGUAAACUUCUCCAGUGGCCCAUGAGUAUCGUCAACAACUGCCUAAAAUUGACCAUCAGCGCUCUGGCGUUAUGUUUCCGUGAGCGUCUCACAAAGCAUGCACAUAACCAAUAUCUAGAUGCUAUCACUUUCUACAAGAUUGCAAACUUGGAUAAUCGUUUGCAAAAUGCCGAUCAAUUGUUAACGCAGGAUAUUGACAAAUUCUCUGAAAAUCUGUCGCACUUGUAUUCAGAUAUUGCCAAACCACUUGUGGACAUUGGUCUGUUUGCAUACAAGCUGGGUGAAGCAAUCGGUGGAGAAGCCCCAGUGUUCAUGAUUGCCUAUUUCGUGAUGUCUGGAAUCAUCCUUCGUGCCUUUUCUCCUCCCUUUGGCAAAUAUACGGCUAUUGAGCAAAAGUUGGAGGGUGAUUUCCGCUUUACCCAUUCUCGCAUCAUAGCGCAUUCAGAGGAAAUCGCAUUUUAUGGAGGUGGUCAAAGGGAAAAGGAGGUAGUUGAGAGCAGCUUUAGAAAGAUCUCUCGUCAUAUCCGAAAAGUCUAUACUCUUCGAUUUGUGAAUGGCAUAUUCGACUCUGUGCUUGUAAAGUAUUGUGCCACCAUGACCGCCUACUACCUUUUGGCCAGACCUGUUUUUGAUCCACGCUAUGCAACUGAACAAAUGGGCAUGGAAGCCAGUGACCCAGCGAAGUUGAUGGAGGAUUACUCCAGGAACUCGAGUUAUCUGGUCAACUUGUCGCAGGCUGUUGGUAGACUCAUCCUUACUGGUCGAGACCUUACUCGAUUUGCUGGCUACACAUCUCGUGUGUCAGAAUUAUUUGAUGUUAUGCAAGAUGUCGGCGAAGGAAAGUAUUCUAGAACCAUGGUCACUGCAGACACAGGAGAAGCAAACCAAAAGGAGAUCAUCGAUACUACACAUUUGAAAGGAAAGGUGAUCAUCCAGGAUGGUGUCAUCAACUUUUCCCGCGUGCCCAUUGUGACACCCAACAAAGAUGUCUUGCUGAAGGAGCUUUCGUUCAGAGUCGAAACGGGAAUGAACUGUUUGAUAUCUGGACCCAAUGGAUGUGGAAAAAGUUCACUGUUCCGAAUUCUGGGUGACUUGUGGCCUUUGUGGGGUGGAACCGUCACCAAGCCAGCAGCAUCCAAACUAUUUUAUGUUCCCCAAAAGCCCUAUUUGGCUCUAGGUAGUUUCCGCGACCAAGUCAUUUACCCUGAUACUCGUGAGGACGCUCUUGAUAAGGGUUUUGACGACGAACGCUUGAUGGAACUUUUGAACGUUGUUCAUCUUGGCUACCUUGUUGAGCGAGAGGGAGGAUGGAGUGCAGUUCAGGAUUGGGCGGAAGUCUUGUCUGGCGGAGAGAAACAAAGAGUGGCCAUGGCUAGAUUGUUUUAUCACAAGCCCCAAUUCGCGAUUCUGGAUGAAUGCACGAGCGCUGUCAGUAUCGAUGUCGAAGCUAUCAUGUACCAGUAUGCAAGAGAGGCUGGCAUCACUCUCUUUACCGUGUCGCAUAGAACCUCGCUUUUGCGACAUCACGAAUACCUGCUUCGAUUCGAUGGAGAAGGCCAUUAUGAAUUCAGAGAACUGGAUCCAGAAGACACAGCUGCUGCGUUCGGAUUCGGACAUGGCAAGUCUCAAACCGCUGGAAAGGUGGAACAGUAGAAAUACACCAGUUUAGAAGCAAUGCUUGUGGGUUAUCUGUUUAAUACAUUCAACAAGGAAGUACCAAAUAUGGGAUGAACCUUUCUAGAGUAGGUUAUGAUGUC